CCUGUGUUUAUAGGAAACUAAAUAUUUAUCUAUUUAUAGCAGUCUUUAUAUAUGCGUAGUUAAACAGCUCCCCCUAUAGGUAAAGUUUAACUUUACAAGUUGAGUUGUGGUUUAAUACAGGAUAAGCCAUAUUUGUUACGACACAUUUUCUAACCGACUGAUCCUGUGGAAAAGAUAAGAAGUAGAGUAAAGAUGCCAGAAGGCAGUGACGGUUACGUUAGGGCAGAAUUUCAAACUGAUGAUGAACAAGAAGACAGCAAAGAAAGUUGCAAUCAAGUGAAGUUGGUAAAAAGUCUGCAAAAUUUCAGUGGCUAUACAUCAAGUGGUGGCAGUGAUUCGGAACAAGAUCCGAGGGACUGGGGUAGAAGUCCUAGAAAUGGACAUGUACGCUCCAAAACGCUCAAUAUGCAUUCAGACCUGCAUGGUUGCCAGAGAGGUCUUCAAUCUAAAACUCGGAGACAACAGUCUCAUUCUUAUCAAAAGUUGCAAGAAAGAGCUAGUGAACAGGGAAAGAAAGCUACAAGCCUACCUGACAAACAGAAAAUAAGAAGGCGAAGAAAGAGACAAACGUCCUGCAGCUAUGGCGAAACUAAGAAAGACAGUAACCGAGUAAGCUGUAUUCUACGAUAUUUGAAUGUUGAUAACGGAACAAAGAGUUAUGUUGCAAAAGAAAAAUCUAUCGAUAAUUCCAUAUUGAUCAGCAAGGACAACAAGAAAUUAACUGACUUUGAUAAAGAUACUGACAAUAUCAAGAGAGAAGUUGACUCAAGUGAAAAAAGCUUUGAAGGAGUUAAAGAUAAUAAAGAAAUGUAUGAGAUUGAUGAAGAAAAACUGAAAGAAAAUUCAUCAGUCAGCACCACUGAUGACAAAAAGGAUACUGAGAAAUCUGAUCCUGUUGCUAAGCUAGUAAAAGUUGAUAAAGACAGGUUGAACAGUCGGGCAUCUUUGAAGAUGUGUACAGCCAAGAAUACGACAAAGUUGCAGACUGACAUGCUUGAGAAGCAGAAACUCAAAAAGGAAGAUGCUAAAACUUGUAAGGAAAUGGAGAACCAGUUUGGAAAGAUGUUCAGCAAUGACAUACGGGAUGUGGAAAAAAACAGUAUCCAUGACAAACUUAUUGUCAACAUGGAACAGGGAAAAUCAAGACAGAAUUUCCAAUUAGAUAAUAGGGAUGUAGAAAUAAUGGAGAGCAGAAAUGUUGAAACUGAGGAAACCAAAUUGAAAGCAGUUCUUGACCCAAAAGCUGUUUAUGAAAAGGAAAAAAUGGACAAAAGCGAUAAAGAGAAACCUCUCAAUGGAAAAAGGGAUGAAGAGAAAUCAGUUGAUGAUAAAAACAAAAAGGAGGAGUCUCUAGGAUUUGAAGUGAAGUGUGAAAGUUUGAUGGAGACAGAGCCAGAAAGUACAAACUUAGAGAGAGCUGAGCUGUUGUGGUAUAGAAGUAAAGGUUCUGAAGUGGAUAGGUUAAACAGCGUGGACGAGACAAGCUGUAGUUUCUCGGAGGAUCGUUGCCCACUGUCUACAGAAUGGCAGAGUAGCUCUGUGUUCUACUGUACCACAGAUUCCAAGAGCGUCGCUGACAUUUACACUGCAAACUGCCAGGACUCUAACAUAUUUGAAGAACUGUUAGAGGACAUGAAAAACGGAAGGUCAGUGUAUGUAUCAGAGAUGUUAAAGAUGAAGAUCAUUGAAUAUAUUGAUAUUAAGUCGAGAAGGGCAGAGCAAAUUCAAGGCAGUGACAACAAAAGUAAGAAUGAGUUAGUUGACAAUAUGAAUGCUGAGGAAAACGAAUGCAAGAUUGAUGAAGAUGAAAAGAAAAAUGAAAAAAUUGAUGGUGAGACUGUUGAUGAUGUUGAUAGUCUUGUGAAAAUGGAGAAUGGGUUGGAAGGAGAGAAAGAAAGAAAGUUUGAUAAUGAUGAGAAGGAAGAAUCGGAAAUUAGCUCUAUAGAGGACGAUACUGAUGACCAAGUACCUGACAGUGAGAAAGUUGUUAUCAUCCCUAUUGAAGAUGGUACUGAUAAAGAAGCUAACAUCAACUCUGUUGAAUAUGUAGUUGAAGAUGUUGAUGAACCAGUGGAAACUAAGAUUGAUCUUUCAGCUGAUGACUUGAUGAAAUAUCUGGAUGAUGGUGAACAAAAUGACAGUGAAACAAAUAAUUAUAAGACAUCAAUGAAAAUCAUUGAUGCUGAGGACAAAGAUGAAAAUGAAGAUAUUGCAUUGUUAGAAGAUACAGAACAUGAUAAAUCAAAGGUAGAACCAAACAUGAAAGAAUUAAAAGCUGGAUUGUUUAUAAAAGAUGCAAAUACAUAUUUGAAUAGGGACAUAUUUCUGAAGAAAGGUUCAAAUGGCAAUUCAGAUUGCCAAACAUUUGGAGAGCCACAGAAAAGAAAAGUGCAUCCUUAUUCAGAAAGAAAGAUGAAAUCAGACCAAACAUGCCCUGGUAACAGUAAAGAUGAUUGGACAAAGAUAAGGAGAAAGAAAAUCUUCUCUGUUACAAUACCAGAGAAAGAAUGUUGCAUAGCGCCAAAGAGGAAAUGGACUGGAAGGGGUUACAGUAUGUUUGGUUGUGGAAACUUUGGACGCAGGUGUUCAGCAAACAGUGGGAGUGGAAAGGGCGGAGAGAUGGGUGGCAACCAGAGUCCUAGCUCAAAUAAGAAUAAUGAAGACAAAAAUAUGGAAAAUCGUAGAAACCAGGGCAAUAAUGAUAGGGAAUCUGAAGAUAGAAAUAGUAACAAUAGUAACAAUUCUGGACAAAAUAAUGAGGGUAGAAGCCAAAUUGAUAUAACAGAAACUGAGAGCAAACAUCAGCCAACUAGAGGACAUGUUGAUAUUCGAGUACCAGUGCAGGAUUAUAAAAGAUACAGGAAGAAAGAUGAUGUUGAAGAAAGUAAGAAACAUACUAGCAUUGAAGAUUAUGAGUGGCUUGCAAAGAUUAGCUAUGUUGUUAAGAAUGCUCAAGGUCCAACAAUUUCUUUGAUUUCAACUCUGUCUGAUGAAGAAUGGCAGUGCAUACUGGGACAGUUAGAUAUGCCUGCAGAACUUUCACCAGAGGCAAUUCAUUGCAGUAUCUGUAUCACAGUUGAAUCUUUGCUGAAACACUACGCUCAUUGCUUAUCAGGCUACAAUAGCUGCGACAUGUGUGUUAAAAUAUUUUCCCUCAUUUGCUCCCAUGUUGCUAAAUGUGCGAAUGAUACAUCCGGGUGUAUUUGUGAGAGACGCAUUUGUAAUACCAUCAAACUUCUUUCCGAUAAUAACAUUGUAAUGCGUAUGAGGACACUGUGGUUCAAUGUCAGGAAGAAGCUUGCACGAAUCCUAGAUAACACUGAGGAAGAUGUUGUCCAAGAACCAACUCCUGUGGAUGAGCCAGUAAGUCGUCGUCCAUCUAAAAUAUUGUCCCACUCUGGACCUCUUCCAAGCAUUCCUGAGGGAACAACUCUGACUCUAGCUAGCACAUCAAGAAGUGGCUCCAGAGUCCUUCGUAGAAAGAAAUUAAGUCUUGCACACGUAGAUGAGAAAGCCCAGCGAGAUGCAGCAGAUGUUGAUGAUGAACCAGAAGAAGUAGAUUCUAAAUAUGGUCUUGCAAGAGCAGAAAUACCAGACGAAGCUGACGCUAUUCCUACAUCAUCAGAAGAUGGAAGUGUGGAUUCUUCAGGGUCAAUGAGUGCUGAAGGAUCAGGACAGUUUGGAAUCACAACAGGUGCUACUAGAUUUAAAAGUCUUCCUAUGGGACCCCCUGGUCACGGUGAACCAUACUUUCCAAGUUUCAAGGAUAGACCUACUGGGAAAAAAGGGAUAGGAGAGGUGGUUUAUGCCAAUGUCCAUCAGCUGGUCACUGUAAGUACUAUUUGGGAAAAGUUUAAAAUGCAGUACCUGAUUGAGGCAAAGUUAGCAAAACAUUAUACAGAGGAAGGUGUCAUCUUGCAAGAGUUCAAGAGUAAGUUAAAAAUAAAAGGCCUCAGAUAUCAGAAUGAUUUUCAGUGGGUGAAGGUCACUCACCUUGGAAAUGGAAUGACAGGAAAAUGCCACCUUGCUAAUGACUUUGAAACAGAUUUCAAAUU